AUGCGCUGGGGCUCGGGAGGCUUUCAACGGCUGGCCAGACCCUUUAGACGACACCACCACGCACCCGUCGUCGUUAUAUCUCCAGAAACUGCGCCUAUCUACGUCUUCCCAACACCCACGGCAUGCAGAGGACGUACGGGUACACUCUGGGACCGCGCCAUGUCGAAACGUCGUCACUUUGGCUGGGAGAACCACAAAGCAGCAGCUACGCGUACAAAGAAAGCGGUCGGUAGACCAUCCGAAUGGAUCUUCGACUUAGGAAAACCUCGAAAAGAGAUUUGGGGCGUCAACGGGAGCCCAAAAUUCGACCAGUUCUGCGUUUCGCCUUGGAUCUCAAUACUUACCUCCUCGCGCACCAUUAUCCGCGGUUUCUUCCCCCAACGACGCCAACACCACCAAGACCAUUCCCUCCCUGUUGACAAGUCCUUGCGACGCCAACACCAUUUCCCCGACAUCCACUAUGGUCGUUUUAUCGUGCGCGACAGUCCCAGCGCAAUUAUCCGGACCUGUCGUGGAGCCCAUCUAUCCUCUCCCCCUCACCCCGACCAUAUGCCCGCUUUCGGCGUUUCUCCGGCCUUUAUACUUCGCGUUACACAUAAUGCAAGUCACCAGUGCACCAUUAGCGAAGAGCAGGGCAAGAAAUCGGCCUGGUGGUCUCGUAUCAUGCGAGACAUUGCUAAAAUAGCGUAUAUGGCUUCCUGCGGGUCUCCGCUCUAUGUGGCGCCCACCAGAGUUUUUCCCGACACCACAUCAUAUUCAGCAAUCACCUGCCUGCGUCGAUAUGUGAUCUUAUGGGCCCAUUCGCAAAGUCACCGAUGCCCUCCUCAUCCCCCCCCAUACUUAUCACAAUUCGCCCUCGUUUCUACGUUGACAACUCUCUCUUCCGUCGCCGCUUUCAUUCCCCACCAAAACCGCGCUUUUUCAAGCACCCUGCGCGCUGGCUUUGAAAAAGACAUCAUGCUUACUGUAUGCAUGGGCCAGGCGACAAGCGCUGUCUCGAAUUACUCCUCGUGGGCUUAA